AAUAAUAAAGUUGGCAGCACUGAUACUAACAUAUUGUCUGUAGUCGUUUUAAGUUUGGCGUUCUCCCAUUUGUAUCUUAUUUUCCCUCCAUUGUAAUAUAAUUUGUGUCGAUUAAAAACUUGAUUAUUAUUACCAAAGUGAAUAUUUUCCAGCAUUGUUUAUUUUCCAAAAUUCAGAAUGCGAAAGAUAUCUAAGAGCCGUACGGAUGACGAUAUGGUUUCAUCUACGAAUGGGUCUAGAUCUCUGAGUACCGAAGAACAGCAGGAAACAGAACGGUCCGAACAGGUUGAGAAAGAGCUUGAUGAUAAACUAAAAGACAGCGACUUUGAGAGUGAACCUGAAAAACCAAAAGAAUCCAGCAAGAAAAGUAAAGCAAAAAGUAAAUCAAAGAAAAAGAAAACUGAAAAAGUCGACAACAAAAAGGAUGCCGAAGAAGAGUUCGAGGUAGAAAAAAUAGUUGAUUCUAAGAGAAUCAGAGGAAAAUUGCAUUAUUUAAUUCGCUGGAAGGGGUACUCUGCAGAUAGCGACACUUGGGAGCCUUCCAACACUUUGUCAUGCCCUGAUUUGAUUCAAAAAUUCAAUGAGGAGAAAGAAAACUCAAAAAAUUCUUCCAAAAGCAGCAAAAAAAGAAAAGGUACGAAAAAAGAGAGCAAGUCACCCCCUAAAAAAACCAAAACAGAAUGGGAUGGUAAAAAUGCAGAUGAAAAUGCAGAGUAUGAGGUGGAGCGUAUUCUUGAAGUCCAUCACAAAAAGAAUGGUGCCCGGGAAUUUCUUAUUCAUUGGAAAGGAUGGGCCAGUCAGUUUGAUUCCUGGGAACCAGAAAGUAAUUUGAAUUGCCCUGAAUUGAUAAAGAAAUUCAUGGACAAGGUGGAAGUGGCGCGAUCAACGGAAUCAAGAAAUUUAAGAGUAGCUCCAGAAACAACAAAUCGGUUUACUUUACAAGAUCCUUCAUCAGGUCGCCGACUUAGCAAACGUAGGGGGCAACGUCAACGCGUGCGGUAUGACAAUGCGGAGUAAUAAAAUAAAUAUUAAUGUAAAAUGUUUCUUACUUACUUUAAAAACUUUUACAAUGCACAGUACAAAUUUUGUGCAUAAUUUUUUAUCAGUUUAAAAAUAUUGAUUAUCCCUAAGCAGAGCGUUAUUGCAAAAAUUAGUAGUGAGGUCAUUUAUAUUUCUCUAAAGGACUGUUUGAAUAAGUUCGAUGUUUAUUUAAUUGACAUUUUUAAUUUUUAGUUUUCUUUUAUAACAAUGGUGUUAAAUAAGAAAUAAUAAUAAAUAUUUUUAACAUACAUGUUGACAUUAAAACAUAUUUUUAUCUUUCCAAAUGUCGCUUUAUACUAAAUAUCAUUAAAAAAAUCUGUAACACAGGUACAAAAAAAAAAAAGCGUAACGAAAAUUUUAACACAAAGAAACUGCAUACUUUAUAAGUACUAUAUAUGUGUAGUAUAAUGUUUUGUGUGUAUAAAAAAUGGGAUAUUUACAUAAAGUACACUGAAUUUUUUAAAUUUUAUUAACAAUAAUAGUCCCAAAGUAAUUAUGAAAAAUUGUAAUAAGUAAUGCUGAAUUUUCCUAUGAGAUAUUCUAUAAUCUAUAUGAACACUCAAAUUACUCAAUAAAACUGCUAGUAGUUUAUAUAUGUUUUCUAUGACAUUUUUAAAAGUUUCACUUAGGUGGGAAAAUUCUCUUUUUUGUUCUGAAAUUGGUACAUUAUUGUAUAAUUUUCUGUAAUCAGAUUUAAGUUGUAAACUAUGCGAAUAUAUUGAUAUUUUUUUUUAUUUAAAAUGAUUUCAUAAUUUUGGCAAAACAUUCAAAUUUUGUCUAUUUCUAGCUGUAUUAUUUGUCUAUAUGAUACCUGUGUGAAGUAUAUGAUGAAUAUAUGUUAUAAUAUGGCUAUUUCAUAUUAUGACGUAAA